AUGGGCGUGUCAACGGAGAAAAAACCCAAAGACGCACCCAAUCAAUCGGAAGCCAUCGGCGAGUCUUCCAGUGGGCGACCACCUUCCUAUUCGAUCGACAAGGAUGAGCAACCGCCACUAGAACUGCCACGGUUGAAUCUGGGUCCCCCUACAUCUUCUUCGACUACUGUCACUCGCGAUCAGUGCGUUGCACAUCUCAAGUUUUUAGCUGUGCUCGCAGACCUGCGAGAUACUAUCUCUAGUGAUGAUGGCCUCUUUGGUAUCAACGAUGCCGAAGCUGAAAGAUUCUCGGAUUCACUGAAUGAAGCGCGGGCUCGUAUUCGCGAAAAGCGCUGGGCUGUAUAUACAGCGCGUGCGGUCGAUCGAUACGCCAAGUGGUGGUCUAUUGGCCUUCCCCGGUCAAGGCCGAUGGCAACUAUCGAUGAUUUGGAGUAUAUCGGCUAUGAAAACAUCCUUAAUUACAUUCUGAUGGUCUGGCAUGCUCAUUCGUUGAAUCCCCGAAACUUCCUUGAGGAUUGCAUUCGAUACGGUAAGAUAAGCACCUGGGCAACAGGAUUUCCAUGGGAAGUGAUAGAUCGCUGCAUCAACAACAACACGAUGGAGUAUACAGUUUCCGAACAAGCCAAGAAUCAGUUCGAGCAGAAACUGGAUUUCAAGUGGAAUAAUCUAGACGACCCGCCAACCAAGGAAGUCAACUGCACGUAUUGCCAAAAAGUGAGCGCUGUCCCGUGGACAGAUGCUUACUUUGGGGCCACUGUUUCCAAUGCGUUCAAACUUGGCAAUGGCUACGCCGAUAAUUCAUUUGAGGUGAAAUGCGCCGGCUGUCAACACAUAAUCGACCAUGGCCGGCUUAAGGUUGCAAAGUUCCGAAAAGACCUUGCAGCAACUCUUUACGAUGGCCUCCCCAUGCCCGGGGCGUUCACCAACAUUCAUGGAAUUCCCGAGGGCCCAACUGCUAAGAUCAAUCAUCGGGCCCUCCGGUAUAUGCUAUUCCCCACACGAAUUGUCCAGGCUGCUGGAAAGGACUUGAUGGAAUUUACCGAUGGCCGAGUGGAUUGGUGUCAGAACGUCGUCCGUCUGAAGGAGCAUCUUGAGACCAAGCUACACGAUAGAAAGAUUUUGAUGGCUGCGCAUGGUGUCACCAAUAGUAGUAUCCGGCCUGCCGAGAAGAUCCACUUCCGACGAAUGAUGUCUCGAUACUGGGAGAAUCUCGGUCCCUUCGCGCUAGACCUUGUGGGUGCUGUGAUCAGACAAGGCACCUUCGUGGAUAAAAUGGACCAAAUCGACUGGCUGCACUCGCCAACAGUUUUCAACACCAUGGACCGGCUGAUUAAAAAGUACGAAGUGUUCUUCCAGAUCAUGAUGGACAACCCAAGGAACAUGGCCGUGCCCACGCUGGAUGUCGACUUGGCCUGGCACACACACCAACUCAGCCCAUUGCGGUACUACGAACACAGCACGUCGAAGCUAACAAGAAGUGGCCUUCGCGUGUUUAUUGACCACGACGACAAGGUCGACGAGGGAAAACUCUCCGAUGGCUUCGCCUGGACCAGCAAAAUGUACCGCCGUGCCACCGACGGCGGCAUAUACAGCGAAUGCACCUGCUGGUACUGCGAGGCGACACGAACGCCAGACCUGUAUGACCGGUUGAUCACUGUUGGCUCAGCCUCUCGGGCCCGAGACGCUGCAGACCUCUUGCACGAUCGCCCCGAUAUCUCGUCCGACCCAAACAAGAACCCACAUAUCUCUUCACACAACGCUGUCCGGCCAACAAACCUGUACAACCCGGCUGAGAGGGCUGGCGCUCUGAAACACAUACGUCUACAGAGCAACUACCGAAAGGCCGCCCGGCGUGCUGAGAAGCGUGGCCGUCAUCGAUCCGACUCCAAAUCAUCUAAUAAUCAGGGCGACGUUUAUCCAUACUACAUGCCUUAUGCAUAUGGGUACCCUAUUAUGAUGCCAUACUAUGGACCGUACAUGAUGGACCCAUCCAUCAACUGUGAUUCUUACGCAAGUAACCCUGGCUGCAUGAAUGUUACUGCAGGCGCCGCUGGGAACUGUUGUGCUGGCACAUGUGCUGCGCGGGAGGCAGUGGUAAUGGAGGGUGUAGCAGUGGCGCAUGCGGAGGAUCCAGUGGUGGAGGUGGUGGUGAUGGCGGCGGCGGCGGCGGCGGUGGUUGCGGAGGAGGAGGUGGAGGAGGAGGAGGGGGUUGUGGUGGUGGAGGUGGCGGCUGCUAAUCCAAAUGACUGCUAA